GGGUGAUUGUGUAGCUUUAUAUGUGCAAAUUAGAUAUCUACGAAGUCUCUACUGUAGCAAUAGAAUAUUCAUAAUCACCAAUCGAUUACUAGUUGAAGGACGUCAAUAUAAUUAAACGCGAAAUUGUGAAAGAUUUUUUUGUGUUACUUAAUUUGUUAUCUUUGACUAAAAGAAAAUAAAAAUGGACAAACUACUUACUUUGGCUCAUAUUUAACCGCUUGCAGCAUUCUAUGGAUCAUUCAUGAGAAAUUUCGACGUAUUCAAAGAACUCGCAAAGGAUUUAGGUAACCUCAGCUAUGUAUAUGCAAGACCAGCAAGUCAGAACGUCAACAAUCAAACGUACCAACGCAGUGACAAACUUAAGCGAUAUUUCAAGUUAUACGCAAUCACUUUUACAAUAUUUUACUGUAUGAGUAUCUGGUUCCUUCACAAUGUCAAAGAUAAUAUUGCGAUGGCUAUAAUAAAAUCAUUGCCUUUCUGCACACAAAUCCUUUUUGUCACAUUUGCUUUUAUUCAACCACACAGUGUAUUGUUUUGUUCUGUAAUUAUGUCAUUAUUGUGUUACUUUAUAUAUCAUUUGAUAUUUAAUUUGCAUAACUUAAACGAAGAACUUAUUACAUUAAUAAACAAGAAGAAUUAUCACAUCGAUAAGUUUAAUCAAAUUAAUUGUGUCCGCUGUCAGAAGGAUAUUUUCCAAGAGAUGGUGUACCUAUUUAACCAAUAUCUCAGAAUUAAACAGGCUGUAGACGAUUUUAAUGACUUUUUCAAAUGGAGAGUACUGGCUCUAAUAUUUGCCGGUAGUGCAGUUACUGGAUCAUCUCUAGUAUUUAUAAUCGUAUGUGUUUAUUAUUUUGAUGCUGUAUUAACGUGAAUAAAAAGGACAGUACAUAAAUUGU